AAUUAAACCACUGCUCACUCCAACCUCCCCAAGGACACACUAAGAUCUAUCUAGUAGUGCCUCCGAGGAAUCCUUCCCUCGGAAGUAUCGCCUUAACUCCAAACUCCGCUCACCAUACCAAGUAUAUAGUCAUAUACUCGACCUCCCCAACACCAUCCACCCCUCUUUAAUCCUCAUCAUGCCAACCUACCUCAUCACCGGCGCCUCAACCGGCCUAGGCGCCGCCCUCGCCCACGCCGCCCUGGCAGCCGGCCACACCGUCCUCGCCACAGCCCGCAACCCAGCCCGCGCUGCAGAAGCCCAGCCAACCCUCACCUCCUCCCCAUCCCUCACCUGGCUUCCCCUCGACGUCUCCACCGCCGACGCAACCGCCACCCUCGCCGCCGCGCUCGCCGCCCACCCGCCCGUCGACGUCGUCAUCAACAACGCCGGCUACGCCCUCCUGGGCAGCAUCGAGGACAUGAGCCUCGAGGAGGUGCACGCGCAGUUCGCGACCAAUGUGUACGGGGUGAUCAGCGUGCUAAAGGCUGUACUGCCCCCCAUGCGGGCGAGGCGGACGGGGACGGUGGUGAAUAUCUCGAGUAGUGCCGGGGUAGACGGGUUGGCGGCUUGUGGGGUUUAUGCGGGGACGAAAUUCGCGUUAGAGGGAAUGUCGGAAGCUCUAUCGCGUGAACUCGCCCCGUUCAACAUCCGCGUCCUGCUCGUUGAGCCCGGCACUCUCCGCACGAGCUUCUGGUCAGCCUAUACCGAGCCGGCGGCGGGGAUGGAUCCCGGCUACAAAGACACGCCUCUGGAGACGCUCCUGACGAAGUUCAAGGCGAAUCGGGAGAGCGGCGCCGCAGGGUCGGACCCCGACAAGGCGGCGCAGCGGAUUGUCGAGCUCGUGGAUGGCACGGGAUUCGGGCAGGGGAAGCAGGGGUGGCUCCGGGUGCCCCUGGGGGAGGAUUGUUUCCAUCGGUUCCAGGCGAAAAUAGAUCUCCUCCAGAAGAACCUGGAGGAGAUGAGGGAGGUGGCGCUUUCG